UAAGGCCUCUCGCCUUGCCCCAUCAAUUGUAUUUAUUUUUUCAUGUCUGGAUUAGUUCUGCCUCUGCGGAGUUGAUAUAAUUUGUUCUCUCUCUCUCUCCCUGACAUCUUGAGGAUGAUGGGGUUGGAAUCGGUUGUAGGAGUGAUCGUGAUCGCGAAGGGAUUUUUCUCACUCCGCCACUGAAACCAGCUCGGAAUUUCUCUAACUUUGGGUUUAUAUUUUUCUGGAAUUUUACGAGAAUUUGAAAUGAUGUCGAUUGCUCUGGAUAGAAGCAGUAACAGGAUCGAAGGCUCUGGAUUCAUUCGAGGGAUGUCGUGCAUGCCGAUCUUUGACUCCUCGGAGUCUGGGAGGACGAUGCCCGGUGUAUUAGAGGGAGAUCGGCGGUUUCCGGGGGGUAAUAUGGCGUCAUCUGCGGACAAGGUAGACGAAACAGGACAAGAUUUCGAUUCUUGUAGUUCUUCGAUCGGAAGGAAUAGCGAUUCGGGAAGGUCGUCAGCGGGGUCUGACGGAGAAGAUUCCGGCGAGACUGAGGUCCAAAGUUCGUAUAAGGGGCCUUUGGACACGAUGAACGCCUUGGAGGACGUCUUGCCAACGAGGAGAAGCAUUUCAAAGUUCUACUGUGGCAAAUCAAAGUCCUUCACAAGUCUAGCGGACGCAGCCUCCUCUACGUCGAUUAAAGACAUUGUCAAACCAGAGAACGCCUAUACCAGGAAGCGCAAGAACCUGUUGGCCUGCAGUAAUUUAUGGGACAAAAAUAGAAGCUUCCCUCUGAGAAGUAAUGGUGGGGGAAUAUCCAAGAGACCAACCAAUUCCAGUCGAAGCACGUUGUCUCUGGCAGUGGCCAUGAGCAGCAGCUCUGAGAGCAAUAAUACCAGUGAGGGUUCAAGUUCAAACGCUUCACCGCCUAGACUUCUUCCACCUCUGCACCCUCAGGCUAAACCAUCACUGAAUUCAUCGUCGUCCUCUCAACGAACUUUCUCUUCUUGGCGGUCAUUCUCCUUGACUGAUUUACAGGGCGUUGCUGCUGCAACUACUUCCACGAGUAAUAGAGACAAGCACAAGAGGCUUCAUUGACGCUUGGAUUUCUCUCUUUCUCUAAUUACCUAAACUACGGAGGUCAUCUGUUUCUGUAAAUGGUCGUCCUUGUUUGGUCUCAGGUGUUCUCUACCCUCUUUGAAAAUUUCAAGUAACAUAUCCGAGCAUUUUGGGGUAUAUAAUAUAGAACACUAAUGUAACUCUCUUGUUUUAGGCUUUCGGAUGGAAAAACUACACGUUAAUCCCAGUUACGGUUCCACCGUUGAUUCGUGAAUGAAAAUCAAGCAAAUAGAGAGCCCUAGCUGGGGUCUUACAUCUUUAUUAUUACGGGAAAAUUAACAAAAAAAGAAAAGUAAAUGCAUGCUGAUUCUAAAUCAUGACAGGUAUUGCUUGAUAUAAUAUGAAUUGUUUUCUGGGCAACGGUCUAGAAAUUACAGUUGAUUUAUUUUUUACAAAAAAUGCAAUUAAUUUAUUUCUACUACUUUGUUCGUAAUGUAUUAUUUCAAAGAAACGAUUAAAGAGCAAGGCACGAUCCACGUGGGUUUCUCUGCUA